AUGUCUCUUCGAAUGGUGACGAAACGUUUGCAAAUCAAUUGCCAAGCUCGGCGAACAGAUCAACAGCCACCUGAUCAAUUACCCACACUGCUCCUUACCAACCACGCUGUCGUUGAAAAGGUUGAAAUAUCUGCAUAUCGCAGACACAGUAAAGCCCGGUAUUAUAGUGAGCCAACGAGAGGUGUUCAUCAUAAUGCUGAGAAAACGGUCGGUCGUCCAAACUGGCCCUACAGCAAGUGGUCCAAAUUUUGCAAGGCUUUCGCAUUUAUCGAAGGAUAUGUACUGGUCAACAUUGAGACUGUCCCGCUUGGGACACAUGCCUUUGAUUUUAUACGGUUCUAUGUUGUGAAGGCAAUUGGGAUGCAAACUGGAAUGAGGAACUUUGCAAUCCACGGAUCCAGCGAUCAAGAAGCUCUUUAUGAAAACGUCGGACAAGAACUCGUGGCCCGGAAGAACGGUCUCAUCUGGUCCGCUGAAGUCGGAUUCGGGACCGGCGUAAAAAGGGUAGUACAAACAUGGCACAAGUGUGGCGGACAGCCGCCAGAUAACAAUAGCACCAGCCUGGCGAAAUAUGACGUGAUUCUAGGGUUCGCAAUCAUAGAGGAUGGAGUUGCCUGGAUAAAAAACGACAUACCACGCCUCCUGGAAGUCCGGUACCAGAGUGCCUUAUCCACUGUGUUCGAACCAGCAUUGGUCCAAGCAGUGAAUAUGUUUCGCUUGAAAGGCAGCCAAAUUGCUCUCAGAAAAGGGCAGCUUUCGGCUGUUUCCUGCGCAAUGUGCUCGAUUGAACAAAUAGUUACAAUAGACAGGAAAGAUCCUCUGACAGGCACAAUUGACAUACCAUUCGAUCGCCCCCCAAACAGCCCAAGACAACAUGUAUGUAGCAAAAUAGCUGACGACAAACAUUUGGAAAACGUAAAGUUUCCCACGUACAAAGCUUGA